UCGACUGGGGUAUAAAGUUCAGGACGUACGACCUAGAAGUUUUCCCUUUUUGUACUGGACGAGGCGGGUGUUAUGGUCGCUGUUCUUGGUCACGUACGAGCGUGAGGUGAUGGAGUUCGCAGAGUACAUCGUACCUAAUCCGAUCGUCAUUCGGCUGGCGCGGGAGAAAGAAUCACUCGAUAACAUCAAACAGUACUACGUCAAGUGCCGCAACCAGGACGAGAAAUUGUGUGAUUACCGUCGGACAAGCGAUCAUUUUCUGUCAUAUGAUGUACGCAAAACGGCCGGUUGGUUGACCGGCAGGAUGUCCCAGGAUGGUCACUCGGUAGCGGUACUGUCCGGUGAUCUAACGGUGGAGCAACGGUUGGACGCUCUGUAUGAAUUCCGAACCGGACUACAGAAGGUACAGAUUAUAAUGAACGUUUUGUCCAGGGGUAAGUUCCGCCACUUGAUUCUGGCUACAGCACCAGGUUACAGAGAGAUUCUUUCGCCUUAUGUAUCGACGUCGAACAGGGGACCAUUGUCGUCAACUUCGACCUGCCGAUGGAUCAGCAGGGACGAGCCGAUUGCGAAACGUAUCUACAUCGAAUUAGACACACCGGUAGAUUCGAACGGAAUCACCAUCAACCUAGUGGACAGUAAUCGAAGCAUAAUGAUUUGCAGAUCAAUCGAAAAACAUUUCCGGAAAGAUUCAGUUGCUAGUCGCGGAGAUCUCGGACGAAAAUGAAAAGAUCGGAUCGUAAAGUGUUUUCGACCAGCUACUGGUGAACGGCAUUGGAGCUUUUUUGGGUCAAACUUGUUUCGAUUCUGAAUUUAUAAUUUUAUUUAGCUCUACCCAGUUCUAUCCCAACAUUUGAAAAGGGCCUUACUGCAAAAUGUAACAAAUUGAAUUUUCAUGUUUUCCAUUAACAAAUAUCUACCCGAGCAUGUACAUAACGCAUCAGUUGAUUAUGAAGAAUUUUGAUAGAGAUUUUACUUAUUGAUUUUUAUGACCAAACUGAUUAUGAAAGGACCUAACUGAUU